AUGAAACUCUCCAUCGGGACCAUCAUAGCCACGGCUCUCACUAUUCUCUCCCAAACCGAAGUCGUUCAAGCAUGGGGUGCUCCAUCGAUGGCACAUGUACAAGGCUGCCAGUCGUACACCAAGCUGCUCCCUCGUUACGAUCUCUACAGCAAACACUGCGAAUCCGUCUCCGGUCCGUCCGGAAGCGAUCCCAAGUGGCCGUGUUUCACCAUGUGGUACUCUGACAUGAGCAUCGUCAACGCCACCCUCGACGGCAAUAGCAAAGUUCAACCGGAUGACCACUUUCUCAUCAAAAACGGUGACAAGCUCGACUUUACCACACGCGAUCCCACCCAACCCUUCACCCUCACCUGGAACUUCGGCGACGUCUCCAUGACCUACUCCGACUUCGACCGCGCCAAGGGAUGCUUCAAAAUCUCGUUGCAGCACAAAUACGAUAACGAUUGGAGGAUCUGGGUCUCGGACGAAGACGGGAAAGGCAGGGAUAUUGAUACUGAGCAUCAUCGCCAGACGGACAAGGUGCUCUGCACAAAGUGGUUGCACAUCCACGUCAAGGAGGAUGUACCGUGA